GGCCGCGUUCACACCGGCGCCGGACUCGCCAUGGCGCUGGAGGGCGGCAUGAAGUGCGUCAAGUUUCUGGUUUUCAUCUUCAACUUCAUCUUCUGGGUAUGCGGCGUGGCGCUGGUGGCCAUCGGCAUCUACGCGCAGGUGGCCCUCAAUAAGGCGCUGGUGGUGGGCAGCGCCCCCGCCGCCAGCAGCCCCGUGGCCAUCCUGGUGGUCGGCAUCAUCAUCUUCUUCGUCUCCUUCUUCGGCUGCUGCGGCGCCUGGAAGGAGAGCUACUGCAUGGUCACCACGUUCGCCGUCCUGCUCAGCAUCAUCUUCCUGGUGGAGAUCGCCGCUGCCAUCGCCGGCUACGUCUUCAAGGAUAAGGUCCGCUCGAAGCUGGAGGAGGGGCUGUGGGACACCAUGCGCAAGUACGGCCAGGACCAGCCGCUGACCGAGGCGGUGGACAAGCUCCAGCAGGACUUCCACUGCUGCGGAUCCAGCAACUACACGGACUGGAGCAGCAUCGAGCAGUUCAGGGCCAACGACACCGUGCCCACUUCCUGCUGCCGCAUCAACACCACCACCUGCAACGUGCACCCCACCCCCGCCACCGUCUACGAGAAGGGCUGCCUGCCGGCGAUGGAAGCCUGGAUGAAGAAGAACAUCCUCAUCGUGGCCGCCGUUGCGCUGGGCAUUGCCUUCUUCGAGAUCCUGGGCAUCAUCUUCACCUGCUGCCUGAUGAAGGGCAUCCGCAGCGGCUACGAGGUCAUGUAGCCCCCGGCAUGGGCACCACGGCCCCCACC